UAUGAACGUGUAGCCGUUUCUCACGGCUGUUUUCAUUUUUCUCUCUUGGCCAUUUGACCAGUUAACAAAAUCACACGUAGUUUACUCGACAUACAUGUUUUCUCAUUGUGCUUUGUGAAAAUGGCAGCGAUUGCACGACGGUUUAACAUACAAGAUAGUGGACGUAUGGAAGCAGAAGAGGAAGAUGACAAAACGUCUGGAGUAACUGAAGUCAAUGAAAUACAGGAGCAACGAGUGAUUUUCAUUAAUAAGGAUCAACCUAUCAGAUUCUGUACAAAUGAAAUCAGCACUGCUAAGUACAAUGUCGCCACAUUUCUGCCAAAGUUUCUGUUUGAGCAGUUUCGCAGAUACGCCAACAUUUUCUUCCUAUUCAUUGCACUGCUUCAGCAAAUACCAGGUGUAUCACCCACUGGUAGGUAUACAACCGCUGUGCCGCUGCUAUUCAUUCUAUCAGUGUCAGCUUUGAAGGAGAUCAUAGAAGAUUAUAAAAGACACAAGGCUGAUGAUGGAGUGAACAAACGCAGAGUUCAUGUGCUGAGACAUGGGGAUUGGAGAUUACUAAAGUGGACAGAAGUGGGCGUAGGUGACAUAGUUAAAAUCAUGAAUGGCCAGUUUUUUCCUGCAGACCUUAUCCUUCUGUCGUCUAGCGAGCCGCAGGGCAUGUGCUACAUCGAAACUUCCAACUUGGACGGAGAGACGAACCUGAAGAUCAGACAGGGUCUGUCGCAGACCGCCAGCCUGCUGACUCACCAGGAGCUGCUACAGCUGUCCGGGAGCAUAGAGUGCGAGGCACCCAACAGACAUGUGUACGACUUUGUCGGCAACAUUCGUCCGUCUGGAAGAACAGCCAUCCCAUUGGGUUCAGAUCAAAUUCUUCUUAGAGGUGCACAGCUGAGAAACACCAAGUGGCUGUUUGGCAUUGUCGCCUACACUGGACAUGAAACUAAGCUGAUGAUGAAUGCGACGAGCGUGCCGCUGAAGCGUUCCACGGUCGACCGCAUCACAAACACGCAGAUCAUGAUGAUGUUUCUUGUGCUCAUCGUCCUCUGUCUGGUCAGCGCCGUGGCCAGCGAGGUAUGGACGCACUGGCACCUGCACCGCGACUGGUACCUGGGAUUCGACGAAUUGUCCAGUAGCAAUUUCGGCUACAACUUUCUGACAUACAUCAUAGUCUACAACAAUCUGAUUCCCAUCAGCUUGCAAGUGACGUUGGAAGUGGUUCGUUUCAUCCAGGCUUUGUUCAUCAAUAUGGAUCAGGACAUGUAUGAUGAAGAUUCUGAUACUCCAGCUAUGGCAAGAACUUCUAACUUGAAUGAGGAACUAGGGCAGAUAGGCUAUAUUUUCACCGAUAAAACAGGCACUCUUACCAGAAACGUGAUGGUCUACAAGAAAUGCAGUGUGGCUGGAAUAGUGUAUGGGAAUCACGAGCUGCAGGGACCGGACGAUCCGUUCUGCGAUCCCACGUUGCUGGAGAACUUGAACACGGGCCACGCGACAGCGCCUAUCAUCCGCGAAUUUCUCAUCCUCAUGGCCAUUUGCAACACUGUUGUACCGGACACAAACGGCUCCACCAUCAACUACCAAGCAUCAUCCCCAGAUGAAGCUGCACUGGUAAAGGGAGCAAAGAGGUUAGGCUUCGUGUUCAAGGUCAGAACACCCCAGGCUGUUUUCAUCGAAGUGUUUGGCAGGGAAGAAAAAUAUGAAGUGCUAAAUAUACUAGAGUUUACAAGCAACCGAAAAAGAAUGUCAGUUAUAGUUAGAACACCAUCCGGGAAGAUUAAGCUGUACUGCAAAGGAGCUGACACUGUAAUCUAUGAUAGACUGGGGGACAAUCAGACCUACAGAGAUAUCACCUUGGGGCACCUGGAGUCGUUUGCCACAUCAGGUCUCAGAACUCUGUGCUGUGCAGUUAGUGAUAUAUCGAGUGAGUUGUACGAUCAGUGGAAGGAUAUGUACCACAAGGCUAGCACUUCCAUUCAGUACAGGGAGAAAAAUUUAGAAGAGGCAGCAGAGGUCAUUGAAAGGAAUCUCAUGUUGCUAGGAGCGACAGCUAUUGAGGACAAGUUACAGCAGGGGGUGCCCGAGACUAUAGCCGCUCUACUGAAGACUGACAUCAAAGUGUGGAUGCUAACUGGUGACAAGCAAGAAACUGCUGUGAAUAUAGGGUAUGCCUGCAAAUUACUGACUCAUGGAAUGCCAGUUCUCAUGGUCAAUGAGGAGACAUUAGAUGCAACGAGGGAGACAGUACGCAGACACAUGCACGACUUUGGUGAACAUCUUAAAAAGUCUAAUGAAGUGGGGCUAGUCAUUGACGGCCAGACGCUGAAGUACGCGUUGUCAUGUGACGUGAGACAGGACUUCCUCGACGUAGCAUUGUCUUGCAAGGCGAUCAUCUGUUGUAGGGUUUCACCGAUGCAAAAAGCAGAGAUUGUACAGAUGGUGAAGAUUUCGUAUCAGGCUAUCACGCUAGCCAUUGGCGACGGUGCCAACGACGUGGCAAUGAUUCAGCAAGCACAUGUUGGUGUAGGCAUCAGCGGCAUGGAAGGCCUACAGGCUGCAUGUGCAUCCGAUUAUUCUAUCGCACAGUUCCGAUUUCUGGCGAAGCUGUUGUUUGUACAUGGAGCGUGGAGCUACAGCCGCUUGACAAAACUCAUUCUCUACUCCUUCCACAAAAACGUCUGCCUUUACGUUAUUGAGCUUUGGUUUGCAAUGCUGUGUGGAUUCUCUGGUGAGACCCUGUUUGAACGCUGGACGAUUGGCUUGUACAAUGUUAUUUUCACCGCCUUCCCACCUCUCGUUAUCGGCUUGUUCGAUCGCACCUGCAGUGCUGAGAAUCUGCAGCGAUUCCCAGCUCUAUACAAACCAUCGCAGAAUGGCCAGCUAUUCAACGUAAAGGUAUUCUGGCAAUGGAUUAUCAGUGCUGCCAUUCAUUCUGUACUCGUGUUUUGGCUGACUGCAGGCAUAAUACAACAUGAUGUCGUGUGGGGCACAGGAAGAACUGCAGAUAAUUACUUCUUUGGCAACAUGGUUUACUCAUAUGUCGUGGUAAUAGUCUGCUUGAAAGCCGGACUUGAGAUUGAUGCGUGGACGUCGAUCACUCACCUCGCGAUCUGGGGAAGCAUUCUCAGCUGGUUCAUCUUCCUUGGCAUCUACUGUAACUUCUGGCCAACUAUACCCAUAGCAUCGGAAAUGCUCGGGGAGGACAAGAUACUACUGAGCUCCGGUGUAUUCUGGAUGGGACUCAUAACAAUUCCGAUUAUCGCUUUAUUGGGCGAUCUCACAUACAAAAUAAUCAACAGGUCGAUGUUUAAGACGCUCGCGGAGGAGGUGCGAGCGAAGGAGCUAGCCAACGAGGACCCGGCGACGGUCGUGUACCGCGCGAGCAAGCACACACUCACCGAGACCGCGCGCUUGCUGAAGAACGUCUUCCGCAAGCCGCCGCGCAUCCCCGCGCAGCAGCAGGAGUCGCAGCGUGCCGAGCUCAGUGGCAUUGCUAUGCAUGACAGUCCUUCGCCAUCGGUAUCUCAUGGCUACGCCUUCUCUCAGGAGGAGCAUGGAGCGGUUCCUCACUCCGAGCUUGUCCGCCUCUACGACACGACAAAAACCAAGCCGGAGGGACUGUGAUGCUGGCGCCACCUACAGGUAUUGCUCUCGCCAUUCGGGCAGCGAUCGUGCGACCGAUCGUCCAACUGCUGCAAGUGGGUUUUCAUACUGGAUUCAGAUUUAUUAUCGUUUUCGGGUCUAUCAGUCUCAUCGUGAUCACGCGAUCCCUGAUCUACACAAACCAAUGCAGACGUUCUACAAAUGGCUAGCUGACAGUUGUCACCAUCACGUGACAGCUCGAAAGUAGCAGCAAUUUCUACUUAGCCUAUUUCGUGUGCUGCCAUGUUGGAUCCGCUUGAAUCCAGUUGAUCUGUCGUCUGCAGGAUCAUGAAUUCAUGUCAGUGAUGCACCCAAACAAAUGUAUAGGGUUAUUGGAUUUGUGCAAUCUGGACCAAUAAUCCAUCCAAAUCAACAUGUCCUACUUUACCCGACUACUUCAGGCGUCCGAAAGCCUUUGCUUGCCGCAAUGGGCUUUGCAAAUCAAAGCAUUGUGAAUCGCUGAUAAGUGUUGUAACUGGUUUGCCCCCUUAGUUCUCAGGUGCAUCCUGUUCUGUCUAUGGCCACAAUAGUUCAGGUUAACACAUAUGCUAAGUGUGCCUGUGUGCGUGAGUGUGGGUAUCCUGCUAUAUCUGUACACAUCGCAUCAAACGCUCCUAAACUGUGUAAUCAGAAGUCGGAUAAUAAGUUAUUAUUAAGGGGUAUUAAGGAGAAUCGCUUGGUAAUUUACUUAUGAGGUCAUGGCUAUAGUUUGAGGACUCUUUGUAGUAUGUAUGUAUAUUCAGCCGGUCCUAUAUAAUACAGCAUGGGGACAACUGUAAGAAUGUGCUGUAUCAUAUAUGUGAAGGAUUUCAUUGAUUCCUUUACAGUUAUUUUUGCUCCACCCAUGUCUUUGAUUUCAAUCGAUUUUCUUCCGGCUGAAUUCUGUGUCGUACUAGUGUUUCUGUGAUAUGUGUGUGAUGCGUGUGUGAACUGUGGCUAGAUAGGUGGUGCAUAAUGCUUUACUUAGUCUGCAAUUGGGAUUUGCAAAUUGCACUAGCAAUUGUUUUAGGUAAAAAAGGAUAUAUCCGUGUUGUAUCUAUGAAUAACGACAAUCAUACAGUAGAAUGUUUUAAGCGAUUAAAUGGCCUCCACUCUUAUAACUAUGUGUAUUAUAUGCGUUGAUUUGAUGCUUGUUGCUCUGGCCAUAGACUAACCACAUUCUUAGCCUAUGAUGUGACCCACCUCAGCCACGAACGUUGUGUGUAUAUGUGCGUAGCUAGUAUAUGAGCACGUGUGGAAAUCAUAUCUGUGCUGUCUGCAUUCCAUGUUGAUAUAUUUUGGUUGUUUACAGGCAAUCUGUUCUCUAAGGCAAGCAGAUGUUUUGUCAAUGUAUUGACAACAUGCCGUUUUUUGUCAUUACCAUCCUAUAAUAUGGUUGAGAAACAACUGAAAGAGUGAGUUAAAACUUAACGCAUGGCUAUACUACAUGAGUGUAGAUAUUUAUACGAAGGCAUGCGCAUGACAUAGACAGAACAUCUUACUUAUUCUAAUAAAGUGACAGAUUUCCGUAAAUACCACUGUAAGGUGCAUGGUUAGAAAUUAACUUUUGAACAGUCCUUUUUUCAAAAAGAGGGAGUCCGUAGCAAAAUAAGAUUUGAAGA